AUGGGGGCGCUAAUAUUCAUAGUAGUUUCUGUCCACCUGUAUUUGAAGAUGACGAAGAAGACGAAGUCCUCGCGUUUGCCGUUUUGAUGUAGAGAACUUUGUGGAGUGAAAUUGUAACAAAGGUGAUGUGGUCCUGCCGGAAGGCGUGACGUUACAAAGUUCACUCUACAAAGCAGCAAGUGGGGCAGACUGCGGUGAAUUAGCAUAACGCCAUGGCUCAAUACAGUCGCAUUUCAGGGUCUGUUGGGCUAAUUACGCUGAAAAGUCUGCCUGUCAACGCACUCGGUGCAGUGGUGAGGCAAGGCAUCGUGGACUCACUCAAAACAGCGCUCCAGGACCCAAAGGUGACCUCAGUGGUCAUUUGUGGCCAGAAUGGAGUAUUCUGUGGGGGGGCAGACAUCAAGGAGUUUGGGGACAGCGAGUCUGGUCCUCCCCUGAUACCGAUGAUCCAUGCCAUCGAAGCUGGCAACAAGCCGAUGGUGGCAGCCAUAGAGGGAUUCGCUCUAGGCGGAGGUCUUGAGCUGGCGCUUGGCUGUCACUAUCGAAUCGCACACUCUAAAGCCAGGCUUGGGCUUCCAGAGGUGACUCUGGGUCUGCUGCCAGCUGCAGGGGGAUCCCAACGUCUGCCAAGGCUCAUCGGUGUCCCUGCUGCUUUAGACCUCAUCAUAACAGGCCGCCAUGUGACCGCCGCUGAAGCACUGCAGCUUGGAAUAGUGGAUCAGGUUACUGAUCACCACACUGUGGAUGCAGCUGUGAAGUUUGCCCUUAGUGUGGCAGGAAGGCCGCUGGAUGCUCGUCGCAUAAGCAGCUACUCGUGUCCCCCCGUGUCCGGCGACCUGGACGCUCUGUUCGAGGAGGUGAUGCGGAAGGUGAGGCGAGGCGCCCGAGGAGCCAUAGCCCCGGUCGCGUGCGUUCAGGCGGUGCGAGCGGCCGCCACGCUGCCCUACGCCCGGGGCAUGGAGCGGGAGCGGGAGCUGAUGGCCACGCUGUUCACCUCCGGGCAGGCGCGGGCCCUGCAGUACAGCUUCUUCGCGCAGAGGGCCGUGAGCAGGUGGAGCACGCCGAGUGGCGCCCGCUGGGACGCCAGCGCGCCCAAGCCCGUGCGUAAAGUCGCCGUGAUCGGCCUUGGCACCAUGGGGAGAGGGAUAGCAGUGGCCCUGGCUCAAGCUGGGUUUCCUGUGGUCAGUGUGGAGACUCAGGAGAAACAGCUGACGGAGGCUAAACGGGCGGUGUCCCAGAUGUUGGAGCGCGGGGCUAAGAGACGUGGCGUGGCCGCCCCACUGGAUAAGAUGAGCUACAGCAGUAACAUCCAGGCCGUAGCAGAUGUCGACCUGGUCAUCGAGGCCGUGUUUGAAGACAUGGGUCUGAAGAAGAAAAUCUUUCAGCAGCUGUCGGCUGUGUGUAAGCCGGACGCUUUGCUCUGCACCAACACCUCGUCACUGGAUGUGGACCAACUGGCAUCUCAGACACGGAACCCCGAGCUGGUGGUGGGGAUGCACUUCUUUGCCCCAGCCCAUGUCAUGAAGCUGCUGGAGGUGGUGUACGGGCCAAGAUCCUCCCCUCAAGCCUUGGCCACCGCCAUGCAACUGGGCAAAAAGAUGGGGAAGGUCAGUGUGGCCGUGGGAAACUGCCCAGGCUUUGUGGGGAACCGCAUGCUGAAGGCUUACGUCGAACAAGCUUUCUUCCUGUUGGAAGAGGGAGCAACACCUGAGUUAGUGGACAGCGCGCUGGAGGAGUUUGGGUUCUCCAUGGGCUUUUUCAAGGUGUCGGACCUUUCUGGGCUUGAUGUCGGCUGGAAGGUCAGGAAAGAGGACGGGCUGGCACUGCCCGGCGUGUCAACAGGGCCGUCGGCUCGGAUCCGACAAGGCCGCAGGUACAGCCCUCUGGGGGACCUGCUCUGUCAGCGGGGAAGGUUUGGCCAGAAGACGGGCAGCGGGUGGUACCAGUACGGCAAACCCGGGGGUCGGGUGGCCACCCCCGAUCCCUGGCUUCACAGCUUUUUGGAGGAAUACAGAGCCCAGCACGGUCUUGUGCCACGGCGCAUAGACCCCCAGGAGGUGCUGGAGCGCUGCCUCUACGCCCUGAUCAACGAGGGCUUCCGCAUCCUGGAGGACGGAAUCGCUGCAGGGCCCGAGGACAUAGACUGCAUCUACGUGUUCGGCUAUGGCUGGCCCCACUACCGUGGAGGCCCCAUGUUCUACGCGGCCAUGGUGGGGCUCCCUAAGGUCCUGGAACGGCUGGAGCACUACUACCGGGCUCACCCCGAUGUGCCCGACCUGCAGCCCUGCAGCCUGCUCAGGAGGCUGGUGGCCAGCGGUAGCCCACCUGUGCAGAAGUGGAAAGAAGCCAUCAAGAAGCUCCACAGCCAGCUUUAAACAUCGCCUGCUUCAGCUCUGACCUUAAUACACUUGAUUUAUGAUGAUCCUCUGAUAAACAUAAUGGAAUGCAGUGUAGAAGCUGCUUUAAGAGCCUACACUGAUCUAUAAGUUGAUUAAGUAAAUCUGUACAAGCUAAUGUACAGUCAUAUCAUAGUCAACAUUGUGUUCUAAUGUUUGUGCCGCAUUUUGUUACUGACAUUUGUGAAGAUCCCAGAACAAAAGGCAGUUCAAUCUUUUUUUUCAAUGAUUCCAACACAGACAUUAACAGAAUUCAACCGAUGUAAGUAAUGAUUUUCUUCUCUUACAUCAAGCUAUUACAUGAUGUAUAUUAUUCAUAAUCAUGUCCGCCAUUUAAUGCCCCAAUAAACAGCAUAUCAUUUA